UACAAAAGUGCGAGACUCCUGGCCUCGUGUCUCGUCUACAUACAAACCAUCACCACCACCCUCCUCUCUCUCUCUCUCUCUCUCUCUCUCUCUCUCUCUCUACAAAUUCUUCCAUCACACCAAACCAACAACAAGGGGACUUCUUUCUUUGGCUUUUGCCCAUUAUCAACCUUUCUCUCACUUCUUUCAAGGUUUUGGUUUGCUAGAACAGUUUCGAUCGUUCUCGAAGUGAGGAGUUAUUAUGAACUGAAUGCUGAAUGCAUUAAAUGGUUAUAGCUUUUUAUAUCUUGAAUGGAAAACGGACAAGAUUGUUUAAGCAUGGAAGUAGUUAAUAAUGAAAGAGGUGAUUCCAAGAAUCACAAUGACAUUGUAAUGCGUCGAAUGAAGAAUAGAGAACGCCAGCGUAGAUAUAGAGCGAGGAAACGUCUUGAAGAAGAUCUAAAGAAAUCGAGCAUGCCUAGCAGCAUCAUUGAACAGUCAAUUAUAGUGCACCAGCGUAGUACUUCACCAACAUUGCCUGUAGUGGAACCCGAACCACAAUCUAAUGUCGUUGUUAGCAACUAUAGCGCUCGCGUGCUUUGUAGAAGGAACUGGAAAAAAGAUGCAAGGAGGGCUCAUUCGUGUAAGGAUUUACAAGUUUAUCCUAAUGAUAAUCUUGUCACUGCUCCUGUUUUGAGCAGCAACAGUCAGAUAUCAGAAUUAUCCUCACAAAGGGUAUCGCGUCCUGAUAUGUCACACGGCGUUGUUAGUCAUGCAACAACGCCAACAAUGCAGCGAACCGGCUCUGGUCGAAGAGACUGGAAAGCAGAAGCAAGAAGGAAGCAAAACUGAAAUAGGAAGGUGCCUCAUAAUCCUGGCUUUGCCCUUUUGAUUGUAUGGGAAGUAGAUUAGGUAUAUGGUUUUCGGGAAACAUUUCUUUCGGGUUUUUUUUCUGAAGACUUUGAUCUUCUGCUGUUACAGAUGUAGAUGUAAUGAAGGAAUGAAUUUGUGCAGAAAAAGAAGUAUGCUGAGAUUUUAGACAUAUAUACAUUAAAUUAAAAUACAGUAAAAAACCAGUCUUUGGCUUGAGUGAAUUUUCCUAGAAAA